AUGUCACAACAGCCUAGACAUAGUACUUCGUCUUUGGAAUCAUUUACCAGACCAGAAUCUUUGGAAGAUGUAAAAUCAUACCCAGUUUCACCGAGCACGUCAACACAAGCUCCAGGUCAUUACAAGCCACAGGAGACGCAACACUUUACCCUUGACUUGCAUGAACUCGAGACAACAACAAGCUUACCACGGUUCAAUAGUAAUCUGGAGACAAAGGCAAGGGAAGAACAGUUUUUUGCAGAAAACAACGAGUCCAACGGUUGGAUUAAUGGAUAUUCUGUCCCUUACAGUUUGCUUCGAUAUGGAUUAGCUAACGAUAGGUCAACAAAGAUAGAAUUGGAUUAUGAUAAUGGCGAUCUUCAGUACAACUUCAACCCCAUAUGUCACUUAAAUGAAAUAGAGCAUUCUGCGUACGGAAGAAAAGAUUCUAGUGUAUCUACAUCCAAUGCUUCAAGUGAGGUUUCAGAACAAACAAGAGAAAGAAGACAAAGUUUUAUUCUGAAACAGGAUGAGAAAAUUGAUGCUUAUUCAGGGUAUAUCACCAUCCCUAAGAUUUCAUUGAAUAUUCCCAACCCGUUCAGAAGUGACAAAAAACAACUACGGCUAAUGUCAGACGUACCCAAACUUUGUUUUCAGAAUUCAUUCGUGGUGGGUGAUGUGACCUAUGUAUUUGGUGGAUUGAGCACCACUAAAUCGUCAACUUUCCACCACGUUGGCCUACCACUGGAUGUCGACAUUAACAAAGUUUCUGUUCAUUUUCCCUACAAAGUGCCCCCAUUUGUUGAUUCGAAAAUGUUAACCACACCUUUCCUACACCCAUAUCCUCACUUUGUUGCCUAUAAUGCCAUACGAGGAACAGUAACUUUUAUCAACACUACGAAUUCAAAAGAUUUCCCCGGUCAUCUACUUUCCAUGCUGUCAACACAAAUCACAGCAAAACACUAUUUUUUCUACGGUGGAUUUCAAAUCCAAAAUUUAUCCGUAAAGUACCACGCGGAUAUCGAUCGAUGGAUUAUCAACAAGAAAAUAGUCAUAAAUGAGGAUGGAUACAUUAUUGACUCGUCCAAUUUGAAGUUCAUCAAAAUUAGACUAGAACCAAACAAAAUGAAUACUGCUCUUGGUAAAAUAGGGAUGGGAGUAUGUUCCAAUAUAUAUCAGCCACCCAAUGAACGCGGUGAAAAAAUCAGUGUCGGGGGAGAGUUCAGUCGGCCUUUUGACAAUCAAAAACAAUCACUGCCACCAGCUUUUUCUGACGCAUCUCAUAAGUCAAGCCCAAGUGACCAUUCGGCUAGCGCUUCGGUCACAAGAAACAAUACCAGGAAGACCAACUUUUCAAAAGAUCAUCAUGACUUGAAACGGGAUGAUGAGUAUGAAAGACAUGAACAGCACCGACAACUGCCACAACGAGAAACCAAGUUUGAUGAACACCAGGCUUGGCGAUCAAAACAAGCACCAAGUUUACAACGAAUUGUUACCACUCAUUCAAUCGAUUCAUCGUUGAGUGACGCAGUAACUAGAACGUCAUCUGCAUCAACAUCUUCCCCCAGCUCAUCCAAAAUGGACAAAAUUAAAAACAAAUUUCAUCGAACCAAUUUGAAAAACACAUAUUCCCAAAAGGUUCGUGAGAAUCGGUCAAAUUCAACUAAUAAUCGUUCUGGUUCAAGUAGCCGGGCAGUAUCUCCAGUAAUGAAUACAACAAAUACCACUUCUCAUCUAAAUCCCGCCAAUUCAUCAGCCCCAUCAGCAACACCGAUGUCAGGUUCAACAUCGUUAGAUUCUGCCGCCGCUGGAGGCGUAUCAUACACUGGCGCGUCUCCAACAACACCUGCAACCACUACUACUGCUACUAAUACUACUACAACGUCAUUAAACCCGUUGAAUACGACGACAUCUUCAAUUGUAUCGCCGCCAACUACGUUGACUCCUCAUUCGGCAAUAGUUUCGCCAACGGCUUCAAAUCGACCAAUCACUCCUAUACUUCAGCUCCAAAAUAAAUCUUCCAGGAGAACAAGCGAUAACGGUCCUAAAAGUGGGCAUUCAACUCCACCUGACGAUGGUAGACACUCGCCCAGGAGAAAUGAAAGGGAGGUGUUAGAGUUUGUUCGAUCCUACUCAAAGGAAGGCGCAGCCAAGUACCACACUAGAUAUCACCCUCGAGGUGAUGAUUAUGAAGUCAUUGAGGAUGACGAUGAAGAUGGCGACGAAGCUGUUAGUGAUCAAGAUGCCGACGAUUGCUCUACUGAUGGAGAAGCAUGUUUUGAAACAAGGACCAGAUCCUCGAACCCAUUAUUCAAUGAUAGUAACAUUUUGUCCAACGUUAGUGUAUUCAUCUUUGGUGGGUUUUAUCUUGAAGAUGAAGCUGACGCCAAUGGGAUUCUACAUUUCAAGGCUUGUAAUGAUUUACUAAAGAUUGAUCUAACGGCAAAAGAAGAGCCAUUAUCGAUAUCAAAUUUCACAUUUUUACCUGAUGCAUUGGUUUCCAAAAUUGGUAGUGAUCCGAAGACUUGUGAUAUAGUGCUUGACAAUGAUGAAAAUUGGCCUACUGCAAGAGGUUACUUUGCUUACUAUAUGAUUGAUUACCUGAGGGGAUUGGAUGAAGGGUGUGCGUUGAAUGUGGAUAGCUAUGACCCGGUCUCGUUUGCGCAAGCGAAUGCACAGUCGCAAGCAGACUUUAUCAAGAGGAGUGGAUCGCCAACAAGUGUUGGUGGCAGUUCAGGCUCAUUCCAAGUAGGUGGUGGCGGUGGUGGUAUUGUGAGUGGACCCGGAACUGGUGCCACACCCAGUCUUGCAGCCAGCAGCUAUGAAGAACCGUCCGAAGUACAAGCAUAUUUCAGCAAACGAUCGCUCAUCAUUCAAGGUGGAUGUGCUGAAGGUAAUCAGUUUUUUGCUGACUUUUAUCGCUUUGUGUUUGACACAUGCAAAUGGGAAAAAUUCUCCACUUAUGCUUAUGAUUAUUUCAACCGCCCACUUAAACCUGGUGCUGAUGAUGAUGGAUCAUUAUACACCAAGAAAAACAUGGUUGCCAAUCCCGAAUUGAAAGAAGCAGAAUUACGAUGCUGUCACCAUUCCUGUGUUUAUUAUCAAAAUGAAGAACGUGAUUACUUAUUCUUUUUAGGUGGAGUCAAAUCGGAUCAUUUACGAUUCUUUGAUGAAGUUCCUUAUAAAUCAGAUAAAUUUGAUGUGUCAAGAUUAAGCCGAUUGCCAUUGAUGACGAACAAUACCAAUACUAUGAGAAUAGCCGUAUUGAAUAUCCAAACUCAGACCUGGCGAUUUAUGCGAUACUAUUAUGAUAUAAAUCAUGCCAUUAGCGAGUCUUAUGUCGAUAGGAUUAUAGAACAUCCCGGAUUGGUGAAUGCAAGAAUAUCUCAUUUAGCUGGGUCAACGACAAUGAUGGGCAAGACAUUGACUUUAGCCCAAGGAUUGGUGAUCAUUGCUCCGGAGAAGAAAGAUGAUUUGGUUCAGUUGAGAAAGGAAAUACCUACUGAUGAGAUGUUAUGGGGUGGGAUAAUUCAAUUAACCUUUGCCGGUCUUUAG